AUGAAAGGCAAGAAUGUCGACCCUAAGGAUCACGCCCAGCGCUUCUACGAGCACAUUCAGGAAUACGGGCUUGACUCCCACCGCUCCGGCAUAGUCGAUGCGAUCGCCAGCAAGGUCUCUAUGUGGGUGCCUGGAAUGUAUGAUAGCGGAGCUUACGCGUCUUCUGGGGCCGCUGAGAGCAAGAAUGUGGUUGAUCCAGUAGCUGGUGAGGAUGACGCUGCUACAACUGUUUGUGUUGCUACCUCUGAGGAUGGAGGAAAGAAGGGAGAGACGGCGACAGCGGCGCCUGAUGCGCCUGCGCUUGACACGAACUAG